CACGGGUCCUAUCAAUCUCGCCCUUUCAAGAGGCAUUUCUUCUUCUAUGAAUUCACAUUGGUUUACAUUUGUGUUUUGAGCUGGUGGCGUGAUUAAAAAAGUGCAUGGUGGUCGUAUGGUAAUUCGCCUGCUUAGCACUUGGUAAAAAUUCGCCCGCGAUAUCAAACAGCGGUCAACUCCAUGAAACAUAUUCUCAUGCAAUCGUGUCAUUUUUGGUGCAAUUUUGUUGAUUUUUCCCUCAAGAAGUGUCAGAAAGUCUUUCAAGUUGUUGCUGGUAGGAAAGUAGAGCAUUUUAGGAUUAUUUCAAGAGGUAUCAUUUGUUCCCGUAUGGAAAAUAACACGCAAAAUAAUGACAACAUGAAGACUGAAGGUCAAAGUGAGGUCGUCAAAACUGCCAGUCAGAUAAAGAAGGAAAAGAAGAGGGAAGAGAAACUGAAAAAAUAUGAAGAAAAGAAAAGAGCCCAAGAAGCCCAAAAGAAGAUGCAAGGCGAGCAGAAGAAGAAGGAUAAGAUGAAGAAGUCUUAUAUUUAUGAAAAAAAUACUCCUCCAGGAGAUAAGAAAGAUGUUUCAGGCGAUAUGCCUGAUAGCUAUUGCCCACGAUAUGUUGAAGCAGCUUGGUAUCCUUGGUGGGAAAAACAAGGAUUUUUCAAACCAGAAUACAAUAUGGAUAUGAAUAACGAAAAUCCCAAUGGAAAUUUUACAAUUGUAAUUCCUCCUCCAAAUGUUACAGGAUCAUUGCAUGUUGGUCAUGCUUUAACUAAUGCUGUGGAAGACUGUCUAACACGAUGGCACCGACAACGAGGACAGACUGCACUCUGGGUACCUGGCUGUGAUCAUGCUGGUAUUGCAACUCAAGUGGUUGUUGAGAAGAAACUAAAAGAGAAAAAUCUUACCAGACAUGAUUUGGGAAGAGAAAAUUUUGUGAAUGAGAUUUGGAAGUGGAAAAAUGAAAAAGGUCACAGAAUUUAUGAUCAAUUAAAGCGUAUGGGUGUUUCAACUGACUGGGACAGAGAAAGCUUUACAAUGAACGAGAAAUUAUCUCGAGCUGUUGUUGAAGCAUUUGUUAGAUUGCAUGAGGAAGGUCUUAUAUACCGUAGCAAGCGAUUAGUGAACUGGUCUUGUACAUUAAACUCUGCUAUAUCAGAUAUCGAGGUUGACAAGAAAGAAAUCUCUGGUCGAACUUUGCUUCCUGUACCAGGAUAUAAAGACAAAGUUGAGUUUGGAGUUCUGGUUCUUUUUGCUUAUCCUUUAGAUGAUUGUGAUGAUAAGGUUGUUGUAGCAACCACCAGAGUGGAGACAAUGCUUGGUGAUACUGGUAUUGCAGUCCAUCCAGAUGAUCCUAAAUAUAAGCAUCUUCAUGGAAAGUUUGCCAAACACCCAUUUUGUAAUCGAAAACUUCAAAUUAUCUGUGAUAGUGCUGUUGAUCCUGAAUAUGGAACAGGUGCUGUCAAGAUCACUCCUGCGCAUGAUCAUAAUGACUACGAAGUUGGUCUUCGUCAUAAUCUGAAAUUUAUAUCGAUGAUGGAUGAUGAUGGAAAUGUGUGUGAUGUGGGAGAUUUUAAUGAUGAUUGCAAACGAUACAUUGGUGUGAAACGUUUCAUUGCGAGGAAGGUUAUCAUAGAAGAUUUAAAAGCUAAAGGAUUGUACAUCAGAACGGACGAAAAUCCAAUGGUAAUUCCCGUAUGUAGUCGUUCUAAAGAUAUCGUUGAACCAUUGAUAAAACCGCAAUGGUACGUGAAUUGUCAAGAUAUGGCAGCAGAUGCUGUAAAGGUCGUGCGUGAUGGUGAACUUAAAAUAAUCCCAUCAAUGCACGAAAAAACUUGGUUCAAAUGGAUGGAAAAUUGUAGAGAUUGGUGUAUAUCUCGUCAAUUGUGGUGGGGACACAGAAUUCCUGCUUAUUAUGUUAUUAUUGAAGGCGCGCAUGUUCCACUGGACUCUGAUUUGAGUGAUAAAUAUUGGGUCAGUGGUGCAAACGAAGAUAUUGCCAAGAAAAAAGCUGCAAAACGCUUUGACGUUUCUGAAGAUAAAAUAUCACUUCGACAAGAUGAUGACGUAUUGGACACGUGGUUUUCUUCAGCUCUCUUUCCGUUUUCUGUGUUCGGUUGGCCUGAUGAUACCAGUGAUAUGAAAGCAUUUUACCCGACGUCCUUACUGGAGACUGGACACGACAUCCUCUUUUUCUGGGUAGCUCGUAUGGUCAUGAUGGGUCGAAAGCUAACUGGAAAGCUACCGUUUACUGAGGUGUUUUUACAUGCAAUGGUACGCGAUGCACACGGUCGUAAAAUGAGUAAGUCACUUGGAAAUGUUGUCGAUCCUGUUGACAUUAUUCAGGGAAUUUCAUUGGAGAACUUACAUAAAACAUUAGAAAGUGGCAAUCUUGACGAGAAAGAAAUCAACAAAGCUAAAGAAGGACAAAAACAAGAUUAUCCCAACGGAAUUCCUGAAUGUGGAACUGAUGCAUUAAGAUUUGCUCUUUGUGCGUACACUGCCCAAGGUCGGGACAUCAAUUUAGACGUUUUACGAGUACAAGGAUAUCGACAUUUCGGAAAUAAACUCUGGAACGCGACAAAGUUUGCCCUGAAUGCAAUUGGCCCGGAUUUUAUUCCCGAUAAAGAGUUGAAGCUUCGUGGCAAUGAAAGUCUUCUUGAUUUAUGGAUCCUAAGUCGAUUGUCCUCUGCUGAAGCUGCUUCGAAUAGUGCUUUCAAGCAAUACGACUUUCCAUCCAGCACAACUGCUAUUUAUAACUUCUGGCUUUAUGAGCUUUGUGACAUUUAUCUCGAAUACCUGAAGCCCGUGAUGCAGGGCAGCAAUCAAGAGGAGAUAAAAACAGCAAGGAAUGUUUUGUAUACAUGUUUAGAGCAGGGAUUACUCCUUCUCAGUCCUUACAUGCCUUUCAUUACCGAGGAACUUUAUCAGAGAUUACCACGGCGAUCAGCGGAUUCACCUCCAAGUAUUUGUGUGACUUCUUACCCUAAUGAGCUUCCCUGGCGAGAUCAGACUUUGGAAGAAAAAGUUGAUGCUGCCAUGGGAAUUGUUCGAAUUAUUCGAUCAAUACGUCAGGAAUACAUGCUCAACAAGACGAAGGCAGAUGUGUACUUGAAAUUUACUAAGACAACGGACUGUGAACUUGUGCAGCCCCUCACUAACUUCAUCUCCACCCUUAGCUCAUCGAACGAGAUUCAUUUCUUAGCGAAUGGUGACGUUCCCACUGGUUGCGCAUUUGGCAUGUAUUUAGAUAAAUGCGAAAUUUAUGUCAUGUUGAAGGGUUUGGUGGAUCUUAAAAAAGAAAUUGGAAAGUUAGAAAAAAAAGAAGAGAGUCUUAACAAUCAGCUUGAAAAACUUCUUAAUUCAAUAAAAAUCGACGAUUACAAAACCAAGGUACCAGAAAAUGUUCAAAAACAGAAUUCGGAAAAGGUUGCUCAAUUAAAUACAGAAUUAGAAAAUGUGAGGAAGAUGUUGAAUAAUUUAAAAACUUCUUGAAGAUGCACAGUAAAUUGAAGACUUCUAAAAUAUGGCACCAUAAAGCUAGCCAUAUUGGUGACGAAAGAAGAUGUGUGAUUUCAAUUGAUCGUCAUCAUCAUUUUAUUUAACUUCUAUCACCAUAUGCGUCUUGCGUUUGAAAUUUGGCGUGCAUGAACUAAACUCUGAAGAUGUGAUUUGAAUUUCUUACUAAAUUUAUGACACGAUGAUGUAAUUAUGUUGUUAUGGUUAAAUCAUUAUGAUUCCAUUGAAAUAUCUUCGUUUGGAAUAAAUUUUGUUGAGGCAAUUUA